AUGCCGCAAUGGCGGGUUCCAUAGAGAUUCCACUUCGUGAUACAGACGAGGUAAUUGAGCUAUACCUUGAUCAGUUACCAGAAGGUGAUGAAGUUCUUGGAAUCUUACGCCAAGAACAUGCACAACUUAAUAUUUGGGUCAAUUUGGCCCUUGAAUAUUAUAAGCAACACAAAAUUGAAGAUUUUAUUAAAAUACUUGAAUCUUCUCGGAUUGAUGCUAAUAUUGAUUACCGUGACUAUGAAAAAGAUCAAAUGCGUGCAUUGGAUAUGCUGGCUGCAUAUUACGUGCAGGAAGCUAACAGGGAGAAAAAUAAAGAUAAGAAAAGAGAUCUAUUUACAAAAGCUACACUAUUGUAUACAACUGCAGAUAAGAUUAUUAUGUAUGACCAGAAUCAUUUACUUGGCAGAGCUUAUUUUUGCCUUUUGGAGGGAGAUAAAAUGGAUCAAGCUGAUGCCCAAUUUAAUUUUGUAUUGAACCAAUCUCCAAAUAAUAUUCCUUCUUUACUUGGUAAAGCAUGUAUUGCAUUUAACAAAAAAGAUUAUAGAGGUGCACUUGCCUUUUACAAGAAAGCACUGAGAACAAAUCCAAACUGUCCAGCUGCAGUAAGACUUGGAAUGGGACAUUGUUUUAUGAAAUUGAAUAAUCAGGAGAAAGCGCGUUUAGCGUUUGAAAGAGCUUUGCAGUUAGAUGGCCAAUGCGUUGGAGCAUUAGUUGGUCUUUCAGUUUUGAAACUAAAUCAACAACAGCCAGAUAGUAUCAGAACUGGUGUACAAAUGUUAUCUAAAGCUUACACGAUUGAUUCGACAAAUCCUAUGGUGUUAAAUCAUUUGGCAAAUCAUUUUUUCUUUAAAAAAGACUACAAUAAAGUACAACACUUAGCACUUCAUGCAUUUCACAAUACUGAGAAUGAGGCUAUGCGAGCAGAGAGUUGUUAUCAAUUAGCUAGGGCAUUUCAUGUUCAAGGUGAUUAUGAUCAAGCAUUUCAAUAUUAUUAUCAGGCAACACAAUUCGCACCACCAGUUUUUGUAUUGCCUCAUUUUGGCUUAGGUCAAAUGUAUGUUUAUCGUGGAGAUGCAGAAAAUGCAGCACAAUGUUUUGAGAAAGUAUUAAAAGCUCAACCAGGAAAUUAUGAGACAAUGAAAAUUCUCGGAUCAUUGUACGCGAACUCGAGUUCUCAGUCGAAACGUGAUAUCGCGAAAAACCAUCUUCGGAAAGUAACUGAACAAUUUCCCGAUGAUGUUGAAGCAUGGAUCGAGUUGGCUCAAAUAUUGGAACAAAGUGACCUUAACGCAGCCUUAAACGCAUAUGGUACUGCAACCAGGAUUCUAAAAGAAAAAGUUCAGGCGGAUAUACCGCCUGAAAUUUUAAACAAUGUUGGAGCUUUACAUUAUAGACUUGGAAAUUUAGAAGAAGCUAGAAAAAAUUUGGAAGAAUCUUUGGCUCGUUCUAAAGCAGAUGCCUUACAUGAUUCUGUAUACUAUAAUUCAAUUGCAGUUACGACGACAUAUAAUUUAGCUCGUUUGAAUGAAGCUUUAUGUAUAUUUGAUAAAGCAGAAAAAUUGUACAAAGACAUUUUAAAGGAACAUCCAAAUUAUGUAGAUUGUUAUUUACGACUUGGUUGCAUGGCCAGAGAUAAAGGACAAAUUUACGAAGCGUCUGAUUGGUUUAAAGAUGCUUUGAGAAUAAAUAAUGAGCAUCCAGAUGCAUGGUCUCUUUUGGGUAAUUUACAUUUGGCCAAAAUGGAAUGGGGUCCUGGUCAAAAGAAAUUCGAAAGAAUUCUAAAGAAUCCAACAACAAGUACUGACGCGUACUCUUUGAUUGCUUUGGGCAACAUUUGGUUGCAAACUUUGCAUCAAAGUGGAAAAGAUAAAGAUCGGGAAAAGCGGCAUCAAGAUAGAGCGUUAGCGAUGUAUAAACAGGUUUUACGAAAUGAUCCCAAAAAUAUUUGGGCCGCAAACGGAAUUGGAGCUGUGUUAGCACAUAAAGGUUGUGUAAAUGAAGCAAGAGAUAUUUUUGCUCAAGUCCGAGAAGCAACGGCAGAAUUUUGUGAUGUUUGGUUAAAUAUUGCACAUAUUUAUGUAGAACAGAAACAAUUUGUUAGUGCUAUUCAAAUGUACGAAAAUUGUCUGCGGAAAUUCUAUAAAUAUCAUCAUGUUGAAGUCUUACAAUAUCUAGGAAGAGCUUACUUUAAGGCUGGUAAAUUAAAAGAAGCAAAAUUAACAUUACUGAAGGCAAGAAGAGUAGCUCCACAGGACACUGUUUUAUUGUAUAAUAUUGCGCUUGUCCUGCAACGUUUAGCAACUCAAAUUUUAAAGGAUGAAAAGUCGACCUUGACAACAGUACUACAAGCAGUUCAUGAAUUGGGACUUUCACAUAAGUAUUUUCAAUAUUUGUCAACACAUGGAGACAGAAUGGAACAACUUGCAGAGGCAGAAGCAAGAAGAUGUCAAGAUUUGUUAUCGCAAGCACAAUACCAUGUUGCUCGUGCUAGACGAUUGGAUGAAGAAGAAAAAAUGCUCAGGAGAAAACAAGAGGAGGAAAGACAAGCAUUUAAAAUGCGGCAAACUGAAGAGCAACGCAAACUGGAAGAAAUGCGACGUCAAAAAGAAGAAGAAAUGUUACAAAAACGACAAGAAUACGUUGAGAAAACAAAGAAUGCUUUGGUAUUUGGCGAAAUGCCUUCAGAAAAACCUGGCAUGGGAAAGAGAGUACGCACUGAUCAAUAUAUUAGUGACAGUGGUGGUUCCGGAAGGGAGGAAGGUAGAGAAGAAGCUCCAAGAGAAAAGAAACGUAAAAGAAAAGCAAGUGGUGAACGUAAAGAGAAGAAAGGCAAGGGUAAAGGAAGACGCAAAAAGGAAACAGCGAGUGGAGAAAGUGGUUCAGAAAGCGAUCGACCUAAACCAAAACGUGGAAGAAAAGGUGGAGUUACCAAGAAAGAUAAAGGAUUCCGGAAAAGUACAUCUGAGACUUCAAAGGGCAAAAUGCCCUUAUCGAAAGAGACUAUAUCAACAAGUGAAUCUGAUAGUGAUUCGGGAGGUCUUAAGAUUGCUAGCGGGGGUGAAAGCGGUAAUGAAGGGCGUGCCCGUGGAAGCAGACGAAUUGUGUCUGAUUCCGAAGGUUCUCGUGCAUCGCGUUCUAAAUCUCGUUCCAGAUCAAAGUCCAGAAGUCGAUCUAGAAGUAGUUCACGAUCACGAUCACGAUCACGAUCGCGUUCACAUUCACGUUCGCGUUCGCGUUCACGUUCGCAUUCACGUUCGCGUUCACAUUCGCGUUCACGUUCGAGGUCACAGUCUCGAUCUCAAUCUCGAUCCGUAUCUCGUUCACGAUCCCGGUCUCGUUCAGGUUCGAAAUCAAGAAGUCCAUCGCGAUCAAAAAGCCCGUCGAGAUCAAGAUCCGGAUCAGCGAAGAGCGGAUCGCGUUCGAGAUCAGGUUCUAGAUCUAGAUCUAGAUCAGGAUCACGAAAGAGUCAAUCGCGAUCAAGAUCGCGUAGUGGUUCAAGGAAAAGUGGAUCACAACCAAGAUCAAGGUCAGGUUCUGCAGCUAGUGCAGGCUCAAGAUCAAGGUCAGGAUCGAGAAGUGGAUCGCAAUCAGACGGACGAAGUCGUAGUCCAAGUGGAUCGGCAAGAUCUGCAACUCCAGAGUCCAGGAAAUCGGUUUCAGGCAGUGACGUUGAUUCCCGCCAUUCAAGCCCAGAUCGAGGUGGUGGCAGCGAAAGUGAUUUGACUUUCAAAAAAAGACCAGUAGCGGUAUACGCUGAAAAUUCACAUUAACUGUCGAUUACUUACUUCUUGUAAGAAUCAAAUUUACAUAUGAACUAUAUAACUUUUGCGACAUAUCUGUUAACGCACGAUUUAAAGAACAAUUCGAAACGAGAAAGAACCGUUAUACCAAGAAACUACGCGAACUGCCGGCCAUUCGAAACUGCGUAUAAAUUGCGAGAUAAUCGAAGCGCAGUUUCGAGAUGACUGCACAACUUCAGAUCGAUUGAUUUCGGAUAUAGUUGCGCAUCAGUUGAAUUCUUCUUUUGUAUUCACUAUU